ACAGGGACCCCAUUCUCAAAGGCCCUGCAGGACCACCAUGGCUUAUGAUGACUCCGUGAAGAAAGAAGAUUGCUUUGAUGGUGAUCACAGCUUUGAGGACAUAGGGCUAGCUGCUGGCCGAAGCCAACGAGAAAAGAAACGUUCUUACAAAGAUUUUUUAAGGGAAGAGGAAGAAAUCGCUGCUCAGGUCAGGAAUUCUUCCAAGAAGAAAUUAAAGGACAGUGAGCUUUACUUCUUGGGGACGGACACACACAGGAAAAAGAGGAAGCACUCCUCCGAUGACUACUACUAUGGAGAUAUUUCGUCUUUGGAGCCGUCACAGAAGAAAAAGAAAAAGUCCAGCCCACAGUCUGCUGAUACAGCUAUGGACCUAUUGAAAGCGAUCACUUCCCCUCUGGCCACAGGCGCCAAACCCUCCAAAAAGAUAGGAGAAAAGUCGUCCAGUUCCUCAAGCCAUUCGGAGAGUAAGAAGGAACACCACAGGAAGAAAGUCAGCGGAAGCAGUGGGGAGCUGUCCCUGGAGGAUGGCAGUUCCCACAAAUCCAAAAAAAUGAAACCGCUCUAUGUGAACACAGAGACACUGACCCUCCGUGAGCCUGACGGCUUAAAGAUGAAACUUAUCCUCUCGCCCAAGGAGAAGGGGAGCAGCUCCGUUGACGAGGAGUCUUUUCAGUACCCCUCUCAACAAGCAACUGUGAAAAAAUCCUCUAAGAAGUCAGCUCGGGAUGAGCAGGGUGCUUUACUCCUAGGACACGAAUUACAGAGCUUUCUAAAAACAGCCCGGAAGAAGCACAAGUCAUCCUCAGACCCACGUUCGUCUCCUGGCCCCGAAGGCUGUGGCUCUGAGGCCUCCCAGUUCCCAGAAUCCCACAGUGCUAACCUUGACCUUUCAGGGCUGGAACCUAUCCUGGUAGAAUCAGACUCCUCCUCUGGCGGGGAGCUAGAGGCUGGGGAGUUAGUGAUCGAUGAUUCUUACCGGGAAAUCAAGAAGAAAAAGAAGUCAAAGAAGAGCAAAAAGAAGAAGGACAAGGAGAAGCAUAAAGAGAAGCGACACUCCAAGUCCAAGAGGAGUUCCGGGCUUCCCCCUGCAGCGGUGGCAGGAGAGGUCCCCGUGCCGCCUGUCUCUGCUCCCAGCCUCCCGUACACUGGAGCCGCCACCCCACCCCCGCCGCUUCCCAGCCUCCACACAGACGGGCACAGCGAGAAAAAAAAGAAAAGAGAGGAGAAGGACAGAGAGAGAGACCGAGGAGAAAAGCCAAAAAAGAAGAACAUGUCGGCCUACCAAGUGUUCUGCAAGGAGUACCGUGUAACCAUUGUGGCUGACCAUCCAGGCAUAGAUUUUGGGGAACUGAGUAAAAAACUGGCUGAGGUGUGGAAGCAGUUGCCAGAGAAGGACAAACUGGUUUGGAAGCAAAAAGCUCAGUAUCUACAACACAAACAGAACAAAGCAGAAGCUACAACUGUGAAAAGAAAAGCAUCCAGCUCAGAAGGUUCCAUGAAAGUGAAAGCUGCUUCUAUGGGAGUACUGUCACCCCAGAAGAAAUCCCCUCCCACCGCCAUGCUGUUACCUGCCUCGCCAGCCAAAGCUCCUGAGACAGAGCCCAUUGAUGUGGCUGCUCACCUCCAGCUGCUGGGAGAGUCCCUGAGCCUCAUCGGACACCGCCUGCAGGAAACUGAGGGCAUGGUGGCUGUGUCCGGCAGUCUGUCCGUGCUUCUGGACUCCAUCAUCUGUGCACUUGGCCCCUUGGCGUGUCUGACCACACAACUACCUGAGUUGAACGGCUGUCCCAAACAGGUCUUGUCAAACACACUAGACAACAUUGCUUACAUCAUGCCUGGACUGUGACAGCAAAGACUCUUGGGACAGAAACCUUAUCCUGCCCUGUUGCUGGCUUGUGUGUAUGUGACUGUUCCAGAUCCCUUCACUUGCCUCUGGGUGUAGGUUUUAAAUUUUUAUAUAUAUGCACAUAUAUAUAUAUAUAUGUAAAAUGUAAAAUAUAUACAU